UCUCCGCCCCCGCUACCGGCGCCUCUUCUGCGGCCGUGGAGCCGGAGCCGGCCUGAGCGGUAGAGGCCCGUCCUUUUCAAGGACCCAAGCAUCCUCGUGGACGGUCGUCCGGCUUCGCCCGCCCAGCCGCGGUGCUCCAUCAGCCCACGCGGCGCGCCCUCUCCACGCGCCAACCCCGUCGGGUUCCGUGUGCAGUGUCGGCGGCCGGCCCUGGGCCCGAGCCCGAGCAGUAGCCGGCGCCAUGUCGGUGGUGGGCAUAGACCUGGGCUUUCAGAGCUGCUAUGUCGCUGUGGCCCGCGCCGGCGGCAUCGAGACGAUCGCUAAUGAGUAUAGCGACCGCUGCACGCCGGCUUGUGUUUCUUUUGGUCCUAAGAAUCGUUCAGUUGGAGCAGCAGCAAAGAGCCAGGUAAUUUCUAAUGCCAAGAACACAGUUCAAGGGUUUAAAAGAUUUCAUGGGCGUGCAUUCUCAGAUCCAUUUGUGGAAGCAGAAAAAUCUAACCUUGCAUAUGAUAUUGUGCAAUUGCCCACUGGAUUAACGGGCAUAAAGGUUACAUAUAUGGAAGAAGAGAGGAAUUUUACCACUGAACAAGUGACUGCCAUGCUCUUGUCAAAACUGAAGGAGACAGCAGAAAGUGUUCUUAAGAAGCCUGUUGUAGACUGUGUUGUUUCGGUUCCUAGUUUCUACACUGAUGCAGAACGACGGUCAGUGAUGGAUGCCACACAGAUUGCUGGUCUCAAUUGCUUGCGGUUAAUGAAUGAAACAACUGCAGUUGCUCUUGCUUAUGGAAUCUAUAAACAAGACCUUCCUGCCUUAGAAGAAAAACCAAGAAAUGUAGUUUUUGUAGAUAUGGGACAUUCUGCCUAUCAAGUUUCUGUAUGUGCAUUUAAUAGAGGAAAACUGAAAGUUUUGGCCACAGCGUUUGAUACAACAUUGGGAGGCAGAAAAUUUGAUGAGGUGUUGGUAAAUCACUUCUGUGAGGAAUUUGGAAAGAAAUACAAGCUAGACAUAAAAUCUAAAGUUCGUGCUUUAUUGCGACUCUCUCAAGAAUGUGAGAAACUCAAGAAAUUAAUGAGUGCGAAUGCUUCAGACCUCCCUUUGAGUAUUGAAUGCUUUAUGAACGAUAUUGAUGUAUCGGGAACUAUGAAUAGAGGCAAAUUUUUGGAGAUGUGUGAUGAUCUCUUAGCAAGAGUGGAGCCGCCACUUCGUAGCAUCUUGGACCAAUCCAAGUUAAAGAAAGAAGAUAUUUAUGCAGUGGAGAUAGUUGGUGGAGCCACACGAAUCCCUGCGGUGAAAGAGAAGAUCAGCAAGUUUUUUGGUAAAGAACUCAGCACAACAUUAAAUGCGGAUGAAGCUGUCACUCGAGGCUGUGCCCUGCAGUGUGCAAUCUUAUCACCUGCUUUCAAAGUCAGAGAAUUUUCUAUCACUGAUGUGGUACCAUAUCCAAUAUCUUUGAGGUGGAAUUCUCCAGCUGAAGAGGGGUCAAGUGACUGUGAAGUCUUCCCCAAAAACCAUGCUGCUCCUUUCUCCAAAGUCCUCACCUUUUAUAGAAAGGAACCGUUCACUCUUGAGGCCUACUAUAGUUCUCCUCAGGAUUUGCCCUAUCCAGAUCCUGCUAUAGCUCAGUUUUCAGUUCAGAAAGUCACUCCACAGUCUGACGGCUCCAGCUCAAAAGUGAAAGUCAAGGUCCGGGUAAAUGUGCAUGGCAUUUUCAGUGUGUCCAGCGCGGCCUUAGUAGAGGUGCACAAGUCCGAGGAGAGCGAGGAGCCAAUGGAGACGGAUCAGAAUGCAAAGGAAGAAGAGAAGAUGCAGGUGGACCAGGAAGAACCACAUACUGAAGAGCAACAGCCACAGACACCAGCAGAAAACAAGGCGGAGUCUGAGGAGAUGGAGACCUCUCAAGCUGGAUCAAAAGAUAAAAAGACGGACCAACCACCUCAAGCAAAGAAGGCAAAAGUGAAGACCAGCACCGUGGACCUGCCCAUUGAGAGCCAGCUGCUGUGGCAGCUGGACCGGGAGAUGCUCGGCCUGUACACAGAGAAUGAGGGUAAGAUGAUCAUGCAGGAUAAACUGGAGAAGGAACGGAAUGACGCCAAAAAUGCGGUGGAAGAGUAUGUGUAUGAGAUGAGAGACAAACUUAGUGGUGAAUAUGAGAAGUUUGUGAGUGAAGAUGAUCGUAAUAAAUUUACUUUGAAAUUAGAGGAUACAGAAAAUUGGCUGUAUGAAGAUGGAGAAGAUCAACCAAAGCAAGUUUAUGUAGACAAAUUGGCUGAGUUAAAAACUUUAGGUCAACCUAUUAAGACACGGUUCCAGGAAUCUGAAGAAAGACCAAAAUUAUUUGAAGAACUAGGGAAGCAAAUCCAACAGUAUAUGAAAGUGAUCAGCUCUUUCAAAAACAAGGAGGACCAGUAUGAACACUUGGAUGCUGCUGACAUGACAAAGGUAGAGAAAAGCACCAAUGAGGCGAUGGAGUGGAUGAAUAGUAAGCUGAACCUGCAGAACAAACAGAGCCUGACGGCGGAUCCAGUUGUCAAGACAAAAGAGAUUGAAGCUAAAAUUAAGGAGCUGACAAAUAUUUGCAGUCCUAUAAUUUCAAAGCCCAAACCCAAAGUGGAACCCCCUAAGGAGGAACCAAAACAUGCUGAGCAGAAUGGACCAGUGGAUGGCCAAGGAGACAACCCAGGCACCCAAGCUGCUGAGCACGGUGCAGACACAGCUGUGCCUUCCGAUGGUGACAAGAAGCUUCCUGAGAUGGACAUUGAUUGAUUCCAACACUUGUUUAUAUUAAAACAGACUAUUAUAAA